AUGGAUGAACUUAACCAACCGAAACAUCUCAGUCAGUCGUCGUCAGUGUAUCUGCCUCUCGAAUCAGAAUUCUCAUUCCACCAUCGACCCAGUCUACCUCCCACCUCGGAGGUUGACGAAUUUGGUAUCGAAGAAGUCCACGAUGACGACGACGACGAUGAUGAUGAUGACGAUGAAGAGGAGUACAAAAUGGCAAAAAGUCACAUUCUGAUCAACACAACCGGUUCAGAUUCCCAGUCUUCUGCCACAAGCUCUCAACCCAAAGUGGCUACCACCAAACCCUUUAAGUUCACCACUGAAUCAGGGGCCAGAAUCGGAGCAGACAUGAGUUUCACUAGCAUUAACGAAUCCUUACUACGUAACGGUACUGACGAUGACCGCAGUACUAGCAGCAACAAAAGUAUCAACCAUGAGCAUUAUUCUGCCAACGAUUCUUCCACAGACUCCAAUCACAUAGAUACAACUAGUGGUAGUGAAGUUGGCGAUGGCCACCGCCACAGCAACAACCCUUACAAGGAUGAAGAUGCUACACCACUCAUACGACAAGGUAAUAAUAUGGAUGAUCCAAUAGAUGACCAGAAGACUCCGAUAAUGGGAGGAGAUAACAACUUUAAUCAUAGAAACAGUAGCAGUAAUUCAAGUCUGCUAUUACCUCAACAAGAUUUAUCUUCUAAAUUCAAAAGACUUUCAUUGACCUUGGAAAGACAGCAUACUUCCAAUAAUUCUUAUCAAUUUCUUUCGUCGUUCCAACAAAAUGUUGAAUUGGCUUCCAAACAUCCCAAACAACAAGAAUUGUACCUGCAAAGUCAUAGGAAAUCCAUCUACUACGCCAAAAUUCAUGAUAACAAUUCGUUUAUUUCUCCCAGAGAAAUCCAUUCCAAUAAUGAUUCCAAUCUGAUUCUGGAAUUAAGCUCAAUUUCAACAACUUCAAACCAAUCGGAGAUAACAAGGUUGAAACUGUACCAUAAUUAUGAGGUUUCCGGCCAUUCUCCUCGGGGUCCAAUCCACCAGAACGAGGAAUUAUUGUUGAAUAUCCCAGCAAAUACCACCGGAAUAAGCCAUAAUACCGCAAUUGUAGAUGAAGAAGUGCCAUACCAUUCCAAUGAAGAAUCAGAAUUGAAACAUAAUGACAACGAAGAAGAAUAUCCCGGUGAUGGUGAUGAUGAUGAUUUAUCCACCCUAUUUAUCCGUGCAUUACAUUCCUUUGAUUCUACUACACUUCAACUGGAAUCAGAUGCUCUGAUUUGUCUAUCCUUUGAAAAGGAUGAUUUGGCAUUUGUUCACACUAUCGAUGAUAGUGGAUGGGGGGAAGUUACAUUAAUUGAUACCUUGGAGAGAGGUUGGAUUCCUAUGAAUUAUUUCACAAUUGCGGUUCUCGAUGAAGAUGAUGAAGAACAUAAUGCUUAUUUGCAGCCAUUAUUUCAUGCAUGUGGUAAGUUCCUUAUCAACCCAUUGAGUCGUAAGAAUAGACACGACAAAUAUACCUUUAGUGUAAAGGUAAUUAAUUCUAUUCGAGAUGGAGUUAGGCUUUUACUCCAACUGACAGAUUGUUUAUCCAGAUCCAAUGAGAUAGUUACCAAGAAACCUGUUGUUAGAAAACAUAGAAAGUCCUUAUUAGCAGAUUGGUACAAAUUAAUGGUGAAAGCCAAUGAAUUUAAAGGUACUUCUAACUUCAACAAGAUUGAAAUCUUAACGUUAAUGAUUUACCAAGUUUCAAGGAAAGCAUUCACCUUUUUGAAAGUUUGGUCCAUUGAAUCACGCCAAAUUCUUAUCAAGGUUGCUGUCAACAAUUACCCUCUUUUAUCAAAGCCUCCCAUGGCAAAGCAAAGAAUUACCGAGAUUCACAGUGUGCUUAUUCUGUAUUUGGCGUUAUUUAUUGGUAGAUUGGAUUUGAUUGAACAUAAUCCUGUGGGGUUUGAAUAUUUGGAAAACUUAACACACCAAAUAAUUUUGCUAUUGAGGGAAUUGCUAUUCAUAAGUAAAUCUGGAUCUGUUCUUGUUACUAAUGAUAAGCCUCAAGAUUUGGAUUCUUCUUUGGAUAACGUAUUGGCACUUGUUAGUAACCUUGUGUCUAAAGUUAAGCAAUUAGUUAGUAAUAAGCAAGAAGGAGGUAAUGAGUUGACCACAAAGACAACAGAUGCUAGUGGAACAUCAUCAUCUUUGUUAAAUCCUCCUGCCAUUGCAACCACUUACACAUUUUCUAAAGAAGGAGCGGAAUUGAUUGAUAUUUCAUGCCGUUUGGUGAAGGGUAUAAGCAUUACUAUUAAUGGAAUUCGGAAAUUGUUGGAGGUUUCUGGAGAUUUCAAAUUAAGUAACGAAAGAUCGUAUCCUGAUUAUUCCAAGAUGAAAUUUAAUCCUCAAGAAUUCAUAAAGAAAUGUUCCCUUGCUGUUACCAACGAACUGUCACUUAAGGUUGGAUCAGAAACGACCUCAACGACGACGACUCCAGCCAUGCGCAAGGAAACAUCUACAGCCAACAAGAGAAUCAGCCAAUUAAAAUCAUAUAAUCAUAUGAGAGCUGGUAGAACUUCUUUAACAGCAGAUGGUAUGAAUUUCCUUAACGACAUUUUGAUAGACGAAGGAAGCAAGUUUAGUAAGCUGGACGAGUUUAAGAAAUUUACUAAAGAUGAUGAUGAUGAUGAUGAUGAUAAUAACGUGUUAUCCACUGGAGGAAGUAGUUAUUUUAAGCAAGAUGACGAAUUAUUGGUGGACAGCAAUGGUAAUUUGUUAGGGGCUUCAUUCAAAGGGUUGGUCUUCACUUUAACUAAUGAGAACUCUCCACCAGAGUACUUUUUUGUUUCUACAUUCUUCAUUUGCUUUAGAAGCUUUGCUCCCAGCAUUGACUUUUUGGAAGAGUUGAUAAGUAGGUUUGACAUCAAAUUUGAACCCAGAGAAGUGGAGCAGCUGAUCAAAUUGAAAAAUAGAAGAAGGUUGAUUGUUAAAAUGUUCCAAUUAUGGUUGGAAUCGUAUUGGGACGAGGAAACUGAUAGAGUAUUAUUGACCACUUUGAUCAACUUCUUCAAUGAAGGAAUUUCAAACCAUUUACCUUUGGAAUCAAUUAAGCUUAUAGAGAUAGCAGCAAAGUUAGCAUCAAGCAAUCAGAACAGCGCUGGCGUGGGUACAUCAUCAUCAAGCAAGACAACACAAUUGGUUUGUCGUAAGAUAUCUGCUACCAAAUUGAUUAGAAAGACUUCAAGUUUAGGAGGAUCGUUGAGUAACUCCAAUUCAAGGUUUUCAUUGGUUGAUGAUUAUGAUUUAUCUCGGAUUAAUACAUCUAGUUCUGUACGGUCAUCCAUUUUGCCUGUUCCAUUCAGCCAAACGUCCAAUGCCUUGCUUUUAACUCGAAACCAAUUGAAUUCAGUGGAGAAAAUAUUGUUUGGAUUUCGUCAAGUGCUUGGCUCCAAUUGGACCAAAUCAAAUAGUUUAUCCUCUACAAUUCAAAAUUGGUACCUGAUUUGCGAGAGGUCUUUCCCCUUGACCAAUUCUCGUCCUAAUCUAUUGGAUUAUAAUGGGUUGGAAGUGGCUAAACAAAUGACAAUUAUUGAAAGUGCUAUAUUCUGUUCUGUUGGCCCGGAAGAAUUAUUAAAUGAAAACUUCACUGCCAGAAGAGCUAAUUUGAAUUUGGCACCAAACGUUAGAAGACUGCUCUUAUUUACCAAUUGUCUUUCAAGUUAUGUGUUAGAGUCGGUUCUCCAACCUCAAGUCCCUACUAAAAUGAGAGUUAACAUUAUCAAAACCUGGUUGAAAAUAGCCAUCUCAUGUUUAUAUCUUCGGAAUUUCAACUCCCUAGCAGCCAUUAUAGCCAGUUUACAAUCUCAUUUGGUUACUAGACUUACCGAGGUUUGGACUCAAGUCAGUGAAAAAUAUAAGGAACUUUAUGAUUAUUUAAGUGGGAUCAUACAACCCGAUAAGAACUAUAAUGUCUACCGAACCAAGAUCAGAAACUUUCUUUUAUCCAAUGAUGUGGGGUUGCCAGUUGUACCAUAUUUCCUGUUGUUCCUUCAAGACUUGACAUUUGUCACUGACGGGAACCCCAAUUAUCGUAAGGCCAAUACAUUUUUGAAGCUGAAGCUCAUCAACAUCGAUAAAUACUUGAAGAUAACUCGGAUUAUUGCAGACAUAGAGAUGCUUCAAAUCCCUUAUGUCAGUGAAGGGUCCCAGAACCAGUUGACUCCGCUAAUGCCUUUACAAGAGUUGAUUUUGCUUGAGCUUUGGAAGGUUUAUCAGGUGAAUAAGAAUGAAGAAGACAGAACAUGGAAGCUCAGUUGUUUGAUUCAACCCAAAGAGCAAACACAUUCAAGUGUUGCUGAGUUCGAGACCCUCGAGAAGGGAUUGACGUAUCUGUUUCUUGGGUAUGAGAGUGAGUUUGAAGGGGCCAGACCCGUGGAACAAGUUGAGGAAGAGGUGUUCAAUGCUGAGACGCGUUUGAAGCGACUCAAGUUUGGGUACUUGGAACGAGAAACCAAAGACAAGUUUCUUAGACGCGUCAGUGACUUUGAUAAUGGAGGCGAAGUAAGCGAAGAGACCAUGAGGAAAGCCCGUAGUGAGACUGAAACCCGUGAGUCUGAUCUUGAACAAGCCAACUCACGUUUACAAGAAGGGGUGAAGGCAUUUGAGGCGUUGGCAUCAGAGACAACAAGUAUCUACGAACAGCUUCAAGAGCGCAUGACGAGCGUGAAGCUGGUACUUGCAAAGAUGGAGGCCAGAAGAGUUGAGAUGGAGGCCAAAUUGAAGUCAACCAGUGUCGGGAAAGAUUUCCAGUUACUUCAGACAGACCAACUUGAGAAGGAGUUGGACACCAAGAACAGUCAAUUGAGCGAAGUCAAUACUAUUUUAAACAGCACAGAGAAUACUCAUGAAACGCUAGCAGAUUUAGAACACAGAGUCAAUACAAUUACAGAAGAGAACAACCGGUUGGAGUCACAAGGUCUCCCCACCAACUUUGAUGAAUCUGCUAACCCGUUCCAGGGUCAAGGCCAAAGACUCCAAUUACUCUGUCAGCUUUUGAAAGACCAUUUGGCUGGAGAUUCAAUCACCGUUGACCCGGUCGCAGAUGGGUUUGAGAUCUCCAGUGCUCUAUUCUCUUUGCAUCUUGGUAAUGAUGAGAGGGUGACUUUGGUCCUGGGAAAGUUGCCUACAGGGAUUGAAGAGCCGCUCAAACGCAGUAAGCUUCCAGUCAUUAUAUCCAAAAUGUGGUAA